UCACGUAAAUAAAAGUUCGCGUGGAAAAAGCAUAGGUCAGCGUUGACCUGUCCGUUUCUAAUUAAUCAGCUUUUCCACGAGAAGUCGUAUGCGGUGAGUGAAACAGUCGUAGGCAGUUUCGAGACGUGCUCGGAACGUACCCUCGCCCGAAGCGACUCUAUCAGCUGCGAGCAGCAUAGGUAGGAUAUUAUUGCUACAGCCAGCCCCUAUAAAUUCAGUUCAGGGCGCAAGCUAGGCAUGGGGGAGCUUGCGAGCCAUACACUCAACGGACAGCCUAGUUUUCAAACAGUCGUGCGGAUUGCGUGGGUGCCUCGCGGUCGUUCGAUGCCAUACGAGUUACAGAAGCAGUUUUCGUGCGCGUCGCAAAUGUCAACGCACCAUGGGAAGCAAUGACAUGGAGAAAAAUGGAUGGAAAUGAAAACACAACCGUUCUCCGUGAUUAUUGAGCGACUUUCGUAGCACGGCCGUUCAAAAAGUCACGUCGUCGUUUCGCGACGAGCUCGUGGCCGCGAUAGAUUCGCGCUCUUAAACAUGCACUAUCGCUGCAUGAUUGCUACUUGGUGAAGAACUUGAGGAAACUUGAAUGAGUUUUGAUAUAAUUAAUAUGUACAUCGCGUGAAUCACUGUGACAUAGUCCCGGGCAGUAAUUGAUGAUCAGUAACGAAGAAAAAAAGAUUUCAGAAAACUACCGCAUGUAAAAUCGCGAUAAACUCUAAUCAAAAUAUUCUCCCUGAUGACAAAUAAAGUUACCAUUUCUGGAGAAACGAUUUGAGCUAAGUGAGCCGAGAAAUCAUUAGAUUUCAAGCGGUCUAUGAGAAGGCACUUAAUGUUAGAUCAAUCCAUACAGAAAUUAUUGUUGAAGUAGAGUAUCAAAGGAAAAAUCAGGGUCAGCCGGUUAGUUGCUACUCGCGAUGGAACGGAAGCACAAGCGUCGCCUGAUACCGGAACAGAAUUGGCGAAUAUGUGGCAUCAUUUGCCUCUGUCAAUUCACUUUUGUCAUCAGCUGCGUGGCGUUGGUCUAUCUGAGCGUGGCGAUCUACAUGCCGUCCCACAGAGCCUUUCACGCGGGAAUCGAUCCGGAUCCAGUCAUGUGCCAAACCGUUGAUACCACCUCAACUAAUAAUUGUGGUUGGGCGAGUUGCGGGGAAUGGUGCUUGACGAAAACAAGCGGAUUUUGUCCUCAGAUUCACGCAACUGUCAGAAGAAAUGGGACCGACAUCGUUUUCGAGAACUGCACGAAAUUUGGCAGUAUAUCUUGUCCACAGGUAAAUGUGAAAUCUCUGAGAAAAUACAAUUGCAACAAUGGUAGCGAGUGCAGCGCACUUUGGGGCGUGUUCAACUGCAGCCUUGGCCACUGUACCAAUAUAAGCGAGCUGAUGCUAUGUCAUUACAAAGCCGACGGGGUCGUGGUGGACACGGAGAAGGACAACAUGAAACUGAAUGGCUUCUUCAGUUGUCAUAACUCUACGAAAUGCACGAAAAUCAAGAGUCCGUUCAGUUGCGAUCGUUACUGUCCCAGGAUCACCACGCGCGACGUUAACGUGUUUCUCAUGCAAAACGACGACAUAAUCGCCGCGAAAUGCAAAAAUGGUUUUGCGUUGAACAAGGCUAAUGGAAAUUUGCCCGGCGAUCGAUUGAGCACGCCUGUUAAAGUUUGGGAUGAGCAGAACAAGACAAUCGUUGCCAGCUGUUUAGUAGUCGACAGACAAAACGACGUUAUAAGAACGCAGGAUUGCGUAAACGGUACUUUGUUAAAGGAUAUUCCGGUGCCUGAACCGUCCAUAAACUUUACAAGCUUUCUGAAAAUAUAUGAGAAGAGCUUGCAGUAUCCGAUUGAUCCGACGAACGCCUACGUGCCAGCGCAACGAUCGCUCACGAUCUACAAUAGUUCUCGUCUUUACAUCAAUCUUGAAGGUUGCGUCAAUACCUUGAAGGGAGAGUGUAAAGAAUUCGUCGCGACUCACGGUCGGGACGGCGACAAUCAGACGGCGCAGAGUAGAUAUCCCUGUUAUUAUCAUAAGAAUAAUUCGUUCUUCGUCGUGGCACGAUUCGACCUGAACAAGACACGGACGGAACUGCUGAUCGCGAUCAUCGUGCCAUCGAGUCUGUUCGUCAUCAGCUUGAUAACGCUCGUGAUCAUAUCGCGAUCGGUGCAGGUCGGCGACGACGCGAGGAUGCGUUGCCGUUACUGUACCGACAAGCAGGAGGCCGAGAGCGAAGGCGAAGUGCUCGUCGAGGCUACACCCUCGUCGUCCCAGAAUCAGAUGAGCGAAAACGAAAUCAAGAGCAUGGCGCUUUAGCAGUUUAAGCCACUCGGAACGAGCAACGCGCUACGUUACGAGAGGCUACCUUUCAUGGACACCGACGAAGCCGAAGAUUCAUUCUGAACGGGUAUAUUAACCAUCUAUAUUAAAAUUUUUAUGCAUUUGAUCGAUGUAGCUUUGAUUACUAACGUUCCGCGUUUUCCGCGGUGAGAGAUCAAUUGUGAAAAUCAGAAAGAACAUUAUUAUUAUGUAUAUACUAUUUUCCUGUUACAUGGCGAUUGAAAGAUGUUAGAAAAUAGAUGUCCUGUACUGUUUGUGGGACAAUGAGAUCUGUGUGCUUUGUGUAUGAACUUAUGUACAAUUGAUUGUUAUCGUCAAAUAUGUGACAAACUGAUGUUCGAAUAUAAAAUGUACUUAAUCGUGCAAACGCUUCAGCUGUACUGCACCGUUUAUGAAAAUGAAUGAAUACUUUCUGACUCAAUUAGUUUUACUAUACUUGCAUCGAAGUAACAGAAAACGGAAUACUAUUGAGAUAUACGCUGUUAUGGUUCUAACCGGAAUAGUUGGAUCGAUAUCAUAAUUCAAUCCCUGGAUCGAAUAAAGAAUGGUGCGAGUAAUUUAAUUAAAAAAAAACGCAAAACAAAAUAAGAAGACUGAUUUUUUCUGGUGAUCAUAAUUGUUUUUACCUAUGAGAUUUUAUUAUGCGUUAACAAAUAAACAAAUUAAUCUAAUGGGAUUGAGAAUUGGCAAACGCGAUGACGAAUCGUAACAUGUGUUCUCUUCGUGCACUUUCCGCAAGAGCGCACAAUAAAUAGAUUCGAACUGAAUAUUUUAUUGUUUUUAAUAUUGUUCGGUCCUCGUAAAAAUAUAAGAUUCUGAUGGGAGCAGAGGGACGGAACAAAAUGCUUAUUGCAGCACAAAUGUUUUCGACAAACGAUACAUUUCUACUCGUGGAAUGUAACGUGAAACGAAGUCUUACAAUUAGAUCGUCUUCCCUGUUGAAAGGAAGUGGAGACACGAUAAAAGCAGAAAUGUUUUACAAGUUACCCUCGUCUGGGGCCAAAGUAAUUUAAAAUAAUAAAUUGAUUAUUUAAUCAAAAGGUUUUAUACACUCGAAUUCGUAUUUUUUGCAUUUUUAUCACCGAUGCCUUGAACUAAUCAAACUAACCACAUGUAUCAUGAUGUAAAUUUCCGUAGGUAUUGACUACAUACAUAUGUAUAAUUGUACAUAUAAUACACCGUGCGAUUACCCGGUUUCCUAAACAUUUUCACCCAUAAAAAGACAUUGAAAUGCCUUCAAAUUUAACAUUAUCUAACAUUAUUCCAAAUACUUCAUUAUUUAUAAUUAAAUAAACAAAAUUGGAUAAAUAUUAAAAAAUUACUGUUCAGGCGAUAAGUACUUUUGUGAUUGUAUAAACAUGUAUAUUAUAAAAAAAAAAUAAAACGACAAAAUACAAAUGCAGUACCAAUUAGGACAAUUAACUGGUUGUAAGAAAUUCAUGUAAACGUGAUAUAUAUAUAAUUCACAAUGUGAACGUAAAAUGUCUGUGAUGCUUUUGAUGUACAAGGAUUAGAAGGAAAUAUUUUUCCUGUAGAAGUUAUGCGUUAUACGUUAGGUUCCUAGUUUUCGAGUGUUACACAAAAUCCGAUAUAAGUUCGGUUGAUUUCGGGUUUCGACCAUCAACGAAUGUACACAUGUAUGUCACACACUUAGUGUCGUAAAGCGAAAUGUAUAGUGUAAACGAGUGUGCGCACACGUAUGUGUGUAUAUCUAUGUGCGUGCGUGUGACUAAACAUUAAAUAAUAUUGUUAUCAUAACGUUUCGUCUCAAGCGCUACAACUGCCUUUAGAAACUAUGGUAUCAUUCUGUUGCGAUGAAUUGCAACAAUCUUUAACGAAUUUGAUGUCCUAGUCGUAAUGAUCUUUUUAGUAUAUUUGCUUUGUUAAUAUUGAAUGUGAAAGGGAAAGUAAACCUAAUUUUUAAAGUGCAUCGUCACGUGUACAACACCAUCGCAAACGAAUGAUGACCGUAUCUUUGCUAGCAUAAACCCUGCUCACGAUAUUAAUGUAAAUACAACAUAUACAUUAAAGACAAGUGUGUUAAUUACCAUAUAAAUAUGAAGCAUAUAUCACACAAGAAAUAGUUACUAUAAAUAUACGUGUAUAUUUUAUAUUUUUUAUGUUAGAAUGUUAUUGUUUCAUAUCAAUGAUUUUAAACGAUAUCAACGCUUUUUGCAGAAUUAUAAUUUAUAUCAUAAAAAGUGUAAAAAAUGAAUCUUGUAAUACGUACGACAUUCUCUUGCAACGCAUGUAAAAUACAAGUACAUACCAUGACAACCAACAGUCUAUAUUUUCAAAAUAAUAAUGUUCUACGUGCCUUCUUCUAUUAACGUUAACGCUGGUCAACUGUAUGCCUUCGAAAAGCGUAGCUCUUUCGCUACAAAUUCUCGUGAAAAUCUAAAAAACGUUUUCAUUUAGAACGUCAACUUUAACGCGUGAUUACAUAAAAUUCCAAAAUUAUACAAGAUGUCCCAAAAAAUGUAUUACAGCCGAAGAGAGGUGAUACUA